AUGUCUGCAAGCUCCGCUGGUUCCUCUUCUGUCGCAUCGACUGGAUCUGGACUUCAAAACUGCCAGUCAGCAAAUCGACGUCAAGUGUCCUCUCAUCAGCCAGGCCAUGACCCACAGCAACAUCAAUUACAGCAGCAGCAGUACCAGCAGCAGUAUCAACAAUACCAGCAGCUCCUGCAGCAACAGCAACAACAAGUUACUCAGCAUAGUCAGCAGCAGCAACAACAAUAUCAGCAACAGCACCCGCUCUCGUCUGCCCAAGUCUAUCAGCAGCAAGUUAGUCCAGCUGGUCUUCAUCCUAGCCGUUCGGGUCUGGAUUCCUCUUCCUCAGCACAGGCAUCUGCUUCUUCUUCAUCUGCUUUCUCCGCCGCUAUGGCAGCCAGCUUCUUCCCUGUUGGCUGGUGGCCACAAAUUUUGAGAUCCUAG